CCUUUAGUUUCUCACUUGGACAGUUAUAUGAGGCAGCAAUAAAGUGUGAGUUAGACUAACCUCUAUUAGUCAAACAUUUAAGUGUUGUCAGAGAACAGAAUGAGUCUUCAGGGGGUCGGCUUUCUCCUCCAGUGUUACCUGAUGUUGGCUGCAGGGAUGUAUUUUUAUCUGGGAGAGAAGGAGCAAAAGUGCAUCAUUGAGGAGAUUCCUGAAGACACUCUAGUGUCAGGCAACUUCUUCUUAGAGCCUUUGGAUGUGAGGUCAUUCAGCCACUCGCCUCACCUUGGUGUCACCAUUACAGUAAGAGACCCAAGCUAUGAGCUUCAGAUGUCCAAACGCUACGGAGCGUUUGGAAAGUUCACCUUCACAGCUCACGCUUCUGGUCAGCACUAUCUCUGCUUCCAAACCAACUCCACAAGGUUCUCUGUCUUUGCAGCAGAACGGCUGAAGCUGCAUUUAGACGUUCAGAUGGGGGAGCACUCGAUUGAUCCCAAUGUUGACAGAACCAAAGACAACUUGCAAACCCUUGAGAGCAAUCUCCAACACCUCAUUAGUCAGAUGACCUACAUCACCAGCCAGCAGGAGUACAACAGGGAAAAGGAGGAACUUUUUCGUGAAAUUAGUGAAGAAACCAACAGCAAAGUGUCGUGGUGGGCUGUGAUACAAACCUUCAUUCUUCUCUCCGUUGGCUUCUGGCAGAUGAAACGACUCAAAGACUUCUUCAUAGCCAAAAAACUGGUGUGAUGAUGACUUUUGUAAGAAAAAAUCAAUGAAUCUCCUUGUCAUUACUAUGUGGAUCCCUAUCCUCAUCCCUAGCUUAUUUCUGUUCCAUCAUAUAAACAUUCUUUUAGGACUUGAAGUGGAAAAUCAAGGCACUUGCAUUUGAGAUAAUUAAAAAUGGACGGUACAAUUACCCUGGGGAAAAUGAACAAUGGAUUAACAAAAUAAAUUAUUGUCUUUUUGAAUAAAAUUAAUUUUUACUACUUUA